UAACNGCACUGCACGAUGUCCGUAGGUUAGAUUUCAAAGAACAAGUUAUACAUCAUCUUGCUACUGUUGCUUUGUUGUCUCUGUCUUAUGUAAACAACAGCAUGCGAAUAGGUUCUUUGGUUAUGAUUAGUCACGACGUAGCAGACGUGUUUCUUGAAGGUUGCAAGUGCUUUAAUUACCUUAAGCGUCGAGUUCUGGCAGACAUUGGCUUUAUUUGUUUCGUUGUAGCGUUUUGCGCAACGAGACUGUGCAUUUUCCCUUUUCACGUUAUAAGAGCCGCUUCGUUUAGUAUCCCUUUCGCCAGAAUGUGCCCGUCUCAUAUUUUAUCGGUAGCAUUUCUUCUGCUGCUGCAGAUUCUUCAUUUAUUUUGGGCACAAACUAUAUUUGCCAUCGUGAAAAAAGUUCUUAUGGGAGAACAUGCCGAAGACUCCAGAAGUGACGUUGAAGGUGAAUAAAGUUCCUCUGCAAUAAUCCAAUUAGACAUUUCUUAUGUAAUAACUAAUUUGUUGCUGUUUAGUUCGGUAGUGACAUCGAAUUAACAUAUUCGUAUAAGUGAAUCUGUACAAUAAAAUGUAACCGUGACCAAUGC